AUGAAUUCUCUCAAUAUUCUUUCGUCCCACGUCAUCGGACAGCCAGCUCCAUCCAAUCCCCGUCCCCGCUCCCGUUCGCAGGGCCCUGUACUCUCCGGAAGCCAUCGAAGUGUCCUUCCUUCAGCCAGGUCAUAUAGUGUGGGAAAGCUGCACGACCCAGAGUUAUAUAGCAACCAGACCAAAGGAGAAUUCAUCGACGAUGCCCAGGGUAACGAGAAAUUCCCAGACCCGCCGGGUGCGGCAGACGAGAAAACUCCACUGUUACAGGAAUUACAGAGGGGCGAUAUCCUUCCAUCAAGCAAUAAAUUACAAUUAAUUGCUCAACGGCUCUUUGAUGCCAUCGCCGAAACCUUGAAGAUUAUACUGUCAGCUCUCGCAACCCCAGGCAUUUACGUUGCUCGCGCUUUCAAAGAGGAUGGCGGAAGUUAUUCGCUUUUAGCGCCGGCGAGGCGACUAGGACGGCAUACUACAAGUCAAAACAAAGACACAACAGCGUCUCAAGCUAUGGGUGUUGCAGCGUCAGGACGGCUGAGCUAUCCCAAUACAGAGAAACCUUUGAAUGGGCGCGGGAGCAGUGUGAGACGGCUAAGGAGCUCCACAACCCGGGAGUCAAUAUCCUCAAAUACUUCCGAGUCAGAACCUGACCGGCGAGCAACGAGAAACCCCAAUGAUGGGGACCGUGCUUCCAAGUCGAAGUCAAUCCGCGGUUCAUCCGUUGAUGAAGGGAUCCCCAGGCGAUCCAUACGCAUAAAGUUGAACAACGAAGGGAAUCUGAAGCGGAAACAACAGAAAGAACGAAAUACAGGACCAGCGCAAGACACUGAGAGUCUUGCUGCUGAAAGUUUGAAAUCGCCCAUGUCCGCGUCUUCCCAUAAGUUCACGAAAUACCCACACGCCCCUUCUCCUCCACGGCCGCUCAUCCCUCCCCGUCAACCCUCAUAUACCUCCCCUUCGAAUCCUAGAUAUGGGCCGCAAGCUCAAAAAACCCUCGUCCUAGACCUUGACGAAACUCUUAUUCAUUCAUUGGCAAAAGGCGGCCGCAUGUCCAGCGGCCAUAUGGUGGAAGUCAAGUUGUCAACGCCUGUGACAACUUCAACCCCCGGAGGACCUACGACGAUAGGGCCUCAACACCCCAUCCUUUACUACGUCCAUAAGCGCCCUCACUGUGACGAUUUUCUCCGCAAAGUAUGCAAAUGGUAUAAACUUGUUGUAUUUACCGCCAGCGUCCAAGAAUAUGCCGAUCCCGUCAUCGACUGGCUCGAGCAAGAACGCAAGUUCUUUCACCGUAGGUAUUACCGACAGCAUUGUACGUUUCGGAACGGCGCCUACAUUAAAGACCUCAGCUCCGUUGAGCCUGAUUUGAGCAAGGUGAUGAUCUUGGAUAAUAGUCCUAUGAGCUAUAUUUUUCACGAAGAUAAUGCUAUUCCAAUUGAAGGUUGGAUCAACGACCCUACAGACAACGACCUCUUGCAUCUCAUCCCAAUUUUGGAAGCGAUGCAAUAUGUAACCGAUGUUCGGGCCCUCCUUGCUCUACGACGCGGAGAGGCAGAGACAUAG